AAUUACCAACAGAUGGCGAAAAACACGGAACGAAAGACAAGCAUGGAGUCCACUCUGGGAAAAUAAUACUAUUUAUAUUAAAUUAAAUUACUGAAAAUUAAGAAGUAACAAUUCACAAUGUUUCGUAAGCCAUUUAAAGUAAAAUCUAAUUCUCAGAUUAAAGGAUCGGAAAGAAAGAAAAUUAGAACCCAGCUGGUACAACAGUAUCCAUCAUUUUCAAGCAGUAAUAUCAAUGAACUUGUCCCUAACAAAGAUGAAAUUACGCACAUGAAACUCUUAGCUAAUAAUGGCCAUACUAUAACUGUAUACUGUAUUGGGCAAAAUCCUAGCUUUUUUGUAGAUGAAAAUGUUAUUUAUCCAACAGUUUAUACUUUAUGGAAAUUUCCUGAUUUGUUACCUGUAUUAACAACUUGGCCUCUAGUGUUUGAUAAAUUAAUUAGAGGUGCUGAUUUGAUGUUGCCUGGACUGAUAAUUGAUCAGGAUGAUGAAAAUCUAGAUUCAUUGAAGAUAGGAGACGUAUGUGCAGUUAAGUUGGCAGGAAACAAAUCAGCAAUUGCAGUUGGGACCUUAGCAGUUACAGGAAAUGAAUUAAAGCUUAAAGGUAAAAAGGGCAAAGCCAUGAUUUUGGUUCACAUAUAUAAAGAUUUAUUAUAUGCUUUGGGUGAUUGUUCGGAAUUGCCACUUUUAGAAGAGAAAAUAUAUUUUAGUAACGAAAUGAAUGAUGAUGAGGACAAUGGCAACAAUGAAGUAAGUUCCGUAUCAGUAAUUGCAGACAAUUUAGAGAGAAACUUGCAGGUUUUAGAUUCUAAUGAGUUAGCAUUAACAGAAAUUGAUGAUUUGAAUUCUUUGGAGAAGAAUACAGAUAAUGAAAAUAUAGAAUGUAAAAAAGAAUUAUCUGUUACGGAACAAAUGGAUACUCUAUUACUAAAGUGCUUUUUAACAGCACUUAAAUCUAUGGGUAAAAAUCUCCAAUUGCCAAUUCUUACAAGUACUUUUUAUAAAUCCUAUAUAUUAGGUUGUUGUCCUACUGAUAAUCAAUUUGAUAUAAAGAAGACAAGUUAUAAAAAAUUAUCUAAUUUUUUACAAGAAAUGAAAAUGAAGAAUAUAAUAAAUGUUGAAGAACUUAGCAAAGGUGUAGAAAGUAUUACAGAAAUAAAUCUAAAUCACGACUUGAUUAAAUCUUUUGAAUUAGAUCCAGAUUUUAUGGUUAAUAAAACAUCUGACAACGAAACUAAAGAAACAAAAUCAUAUCAAAUGCCAGAAAUAAGAGAGUUAUAUACUGUAAAUGCAGCUGUUUUACCAUUUUUUACUUUAAUGAAUUAUGGUCUGACAGUCAAUAUUAUAUUUGGUGAGAAACUGAUAACCCAAGAAGAGGUCAAUCCAGUUUUCUCCUUCAUCAGUGGAGAAAGUAGGUGUCUAAAUAAAAUGCAACAAGCCCAUGAAAUAAUCUUCCCAGGACAGCCACCAAUUUUCAAGAAAGGUAAAUUAAACCAGAUUGAAAUAAAUGUUGAGCAGAGAACAGGAAAUAAAAAGGUGACCUUAAUAAAUUAUUUAGAUGAAUUUAAAAUAGACGCAGAAAAGUUUGCACACGAAAUACAACUGGGUGUAGCGGCAAGCACCAAAGUCGGAGAAUCUGCUGGGAAAAAGGGCGUCCAGGUUCUUGUACAAGGAAAUCAAGUGAAAUAUAUUAGUAAAUUAUUAUUAGAUAAAUACAAAAUUCCAAAGAAGUAUGUGAAAGGUUAUGACAUGCAAGGAAAAAAGAAAUAAUUUUUAUGUAUAUGACAGCAAAUAAAACUUGU